AUCUUUAGAAGUGAAGGGAAGGAGAGAGGGAGAGAAAUAUCAAUGUAUGGUUGCUUCUCAUGUGUCCCCUGCUGGGAACUGGCCUGCAGCCCAGGCAUGUACCCUGACUGGGAAUUGAACCAGUGACCUUUUGGUUCACAGGCCCGUGCUCAAUCCACUGAGCUAUACCAGCCAGGGCCAGGUGACAGCUUUUUAGAUGGCCCCUGUCUGCCACCCAGUAGCCACCUCCCACCUGUAUUUGCCCCCUGUUGUUAGGUCCUGGAUGCUGUUAGAAUCUGCAGCUUCUGCCACUGAAACCUCAGCAAAGGCAACUGGAAUCUAAGUUGCUUGGGUCAGGAAAGGAACAGGGACGGAAUCAGAGCGGAGCGGCCUCAUGGGGUUUCUAGGAGGCGAGUGCGGACGGUAUGCAAAGUUGUGAACCCAGUGGCGACAGUGCGGAUGACCCUCUCAGUCGUGGCCUUCGGAGAAGGGGACAGCCUCGUGUGGUGGUGAUCGGUGCUGGCUUGGCUGGCCUGGCUGCAGCCAAAGCGCUUCUGGAGCAGGGCUUCACGGAUGUCACUGUGCUUGAGGCUUCCAGCCGCAUCGGAGGCCGCGUGGAGAGUGUGAAACUCGGACACACCACCUUUGAGCUGGGAGCCACCUGGAUCCAUGGCUCCCAGGGGAAUCCCAUCUAUCAUCUAGCAGAAGCCAACGGCCUUCUGGAAGAGACUACUGAUGGGGAGCGCAGUGUGGGCCGCAUCAGCCUCUACUCCAAGAAUGGCGUGGCUUGCUACCUUACCAACCGUGGCCGCAGGAUCCCCAAGGACGUGGUUGAGGAAUUCAGCGAUUUAUACAACGAGGUCUAUAACUUGACCCAGGAGUUCUUCCGGCAUGGUAAACCAGUCAAUGCUGAGAGUCAGAACAGCGUGGGGGUGUUCACCCGCGAUGAGGUGCGCAACCGAAUCAGGAGUGACCCUGAUGAACCGGCGGACACCAAGCGCCUGAAGCUCGCCAUGAUCCAGCAGUACCUGAAGGUGGAGAGCUGUGAGAGUAGCUCACACAGCAUGGACGAGGUGUCCCUGAGCGCCUUCGGGGAGUGGACGGAGAUCCCCGGCGCCCACCACAUCAUCCCCUCAGGCUUCAUGCGGGUUGUGGAGCUGCUGGCCGAGGGCAUCCCGGCCCACGUCAUCCAGCUCGGGAAACCCGUGCGCUGCGUGCACUGGGACCAGGCCUCGGGCCGCCCCCGGGGUCCGGAGAUUGAGCCCCGGGGCAGGGGCGACCACAAUCACGACGCCGGGGAAGGCGGCCAGGGCCGAGGGGAGCCUCUGGGAGACGGGCGGGACGAAGAGGAGCGGUGGCCGGUGCUGGUGGAGUGCGAGGACUGCGAGGUGGUCCCGGCGGACCAUGUGAUCGUGACCGUGUCCCUGGGCGUGCUCAAGAAGCAGCACGCCAGCUUCUUCCGGCCGGGCCUGCCCGCCGAGAAGGUGGCCGCCAUCCACCGCCUGGGCAUCGGCACCACCGACAAGAUCUUUCUGGAGUUCGAGGAGCCCUUCUGGGGCCCCGAGUGCAACAGCCUACAGUUCGUGUGGGAGGACGAGGCGGAGAGCCGCCCCCUGACCUACCCUCCCGAGCUGUGGUACCGCAAGAUCUGCGGCUUCGACGUGCUCUACCCGCCCGAGCGCUACGGCCACGUGCUGAGCGGCUGGAUCUGCGGGGAGGAGGCCCUGGUCAUGGAGAAGUGCGACGACGAGGCGGUGGCCGAGAUCUGCACGGAGAUGCUGCGGCAGUUCACAGGGAACCCCAACAUUCCCAAACCGCGGCGAAUCCUGCGCUCGGCCUGGGGCAGCAAUCCCUACUUCCGAGGCUCCUAUUCGUACACGCAGGUGGGCUCGAGUGGGGCAGACGUGGAGAAGCUGGCCAAGCCCCUGCCCUACACAGAGAGCUCCAAGACAGCGCAAGGAAGCUCCUCAAAGCAGCAGCCUGGUCACCUUUUAUCUUCCAAGUGCCCAGAACAGUCCCUGGAUCCUAACAGGGGCUCCAUAAAGCCCAUGCAGGUGCUGUUCUCAGGUGAGGCCACCCACCGCAAGUACUACUCUACCACCCAUGGUGCUCUGCUCUCUGGACAGCGUGAAGCCGCUCGUCUCAUCGAGAUGUACAGAGACCUCUUCCAGCAGGGGACCUGAGGGCCCGUGUUACUGCCGAGCCUGUUCCGUAAAGAACCACUAACUCGUGACUCCCAGCCCUGCCCCUCGAUGCCCUGUGCUCCUAAUUUCCUAAUCCUCUGUAGAAUGGAUUCGUAUCUUUGGUAGAGCUAGACACCCUGACUGCCUUCAGACCUGGCCCUGUAGCUUCUCCCUUCCUCCAUGCCCUGUGGUGACCAGGGUGGGGCCUGCUGAUUUACCUCCGUGCUCUGACCUCUGACCUCCCAUGCUUCCCACCUCUCCCCUCCCCUCUUCUUCCCUCCCCUCCUGCCUUGUUAUUGUAAGUGCCUUCAACACUUUGCAUUUUGGGAUAAUAAAAGAGGCUUGUCCUUCCUGUGCUCCUCA